CAACUGCCCCUGUUUAUCGCCAGUCAACUGCCACUUCAGAGACUCCGCACCUGGCCCCGCCCUCCAGAGAUGACUGAUGCCCAGAAGGCCAACGAGCUCCCUGAAUGCCCCACAGAGGGUGGGGCCACAACAGAGGAGCUGGACAUGCCCCUGAGACAAGAGACCACGCCCACCAGCUCACCAUCAUGCGAGGAGCCAAUCAGCUCGCAGAGUCCUGACAAACAGCCCGUCCCCGGCCUUCUCUCCAUGCCAUGCUUACUAAAGGAGCUUCAUAGAGACUCCGCCCCUGGGCAGCUGCAGGAAACGGACCCGCCCCCGGCUGCCGCCCAAUCCUGUGCACAGGAAGACAGCGACUCCUCCGUCUGCCUGCGGUCGCCUUCCUCCUCCGGUCACCUGGGAGACUCCGACACGCUUUCAUCGGCGGAGGAAGCGCCUGCGCCCGUUCAGACGGCCGGCAGGAAGUCACGGCGUUCGCAUUCUGAGAGCGACACAUCCUCCGUGGCAAUGGUGGCCAAGAAGAACCGCUGCCAGGAGAAGCAGGUGAACGGGCGUGUGCGCGUCAGAGGCCCGCGCAGCCAGCAGCAGAAGCAGCGCAUGCGACAGCUGCGGCAGAAACGCGAGGCAGCGGCGAGACGCAAACCCGACGUGCUCCAGGACAGCAGCACCAGCGACAGCGACAUCACAGCCCACUCGUCCUCAUCCUCGCCACUAACGGCCUCGUCCGACAACGAGGGAGAGACAAUCAACUCUCACGCACCAGUGGGUCCUGCAGUGAUUGGACACUAUGAUAUUUCAGACACUCACUCCAAACAGGAACAGCAGUCGCAGUCGCUCUCAGUAGAAGUCCAGCCAUCUCAGGUGAGUCUGGCGUCCACAGACAGUGAAGUGGAGAUCGUUGGAGUUCAAGAGAACGCCAGCGUGGUCUCCAGGUUUCCUCGCGGCGGCGUGAUCCAGUCGCUUUCUUCCUGGAAGCAGAGAGCUCCGGCUCAGUGGACGUCUGUCUCGGCGCAGUCCGGCUGGGUUCCUCCUCCUGAGGUGGUGGAUCUGACACUGGAUGAAGACCGGCACAGAUACCUGCUGUGAUCAAACACACUCACAUACACUCACACGCUUAGAUACACACUCAUAUACAUGUGACUGGUGGGCCGAGUGACUCAAACCAGAACACAGAAUGAUGCUUUCAUUAAAUGAAAAACACUUCAAACUGCUCAAUGUUUGCUUCUGAUACACUUUGAUGAUAUGCCUGAUGAAUUAUUUGCUACUGUGAGUGAGACAGCAAUGUGAAUAAAUGACAGCAGAUUUUAUAGGGUGGUAAUGGUUAAUGAGCAAAUACUGUACCAAGUUCUCCCAUGAUAAAGUCAGGUAUUAAAGCGAAGUUAAAAUCUUAAAAACAAAAUAUGGGGCUUCCUUAUAGAAGUUAAUACUCAAUGUAAACAGGUGGAUCUCACAAAAACUGGUCAUAUUUCACUCCAAAAUCAAGAAUAUAGAAUUUAUAUUUAGCCAAAA